GUUUCCCGGCCUCGUAGAACCGCCGCAGCUCCCAUCCGUCCCCUGCUCGCCGUACCCUCGCACCGGCACGUGUCCGGUGUCCCGCCCACGAACGUCGGACGUCCUCGUUGCGGCUGAAACUUCCUUCCACUACCACAUCACUGACUCAUGGUCCCAGCGAGCCCACCAGUCAGCUACACGGAACGCGCACCUUAUCUGUCACCCCGUCCUCUCCGACUCCAACCCGCACCUCGCCGCCACCAGCUCGCGCCGAAACAAUCCCAGCCAAGCGACGCAGAAGCGGAGCCGCAAGAUCAAACCAAACAAAUAUCUUGGGGGUCCGGGAAAAUGAAGGGAGAAGGUUCAUCAGCCAUGGAGGACAGAGGCCAGGGCCCCGCCGAGAACCUUCCGGAGUCUCCCGCCGUAGAGGACGAAGACGACGGGUUCAGCUUCCCCGUCCCCCCGCUGGCCGCCGACGCGUGCAUCGUGCCCGUGUACCCGAUCUUCGGCCGUCCGCCGUCCCAGCCGCCGCUGGGGGAAGACGAGCCGGAGCCGGAGACGGCAACCGUGCGGGUGCCGCUGGGUCGGCUCCUGCUGGAGGACCGGGAGUUCUGGGAGCGGCACAAGGACGGCCGAUCAGCAACAACAAGGGCGCGGCAGGAGGAGCACGACGAAGCCAGCGCCGGCGGGGACGAGGAGCUGGAGGGGGUGCCGCCGGAGAGCUACUGCCGGUGGGCGCCCGGCGGGCAGUCGGCGCCUGCGUCCCCGCGGCGGUGCGGGAAGAGCGGCUCCACGGGGUCGGUCCUCCGGUGGCGCCGCAUCAGCGAGCGCCUCGUCGGGCGGAGCCACAGCGACGGCAAGGAGAAGUUCGUGUUCCUAACCGCCCCGGGCGCGAAGCUUCCUCCUAAUAAGGAAGAGGAGGAGGGGGCUGGAAGCAGCAAAGGCCACGCCGACGGCGUAGGCCAUCGGUGGAGUUAUUACGGCAGAGGAGGCGGCGGCGGCGGCGGCGGCCGACGGCGGUCGUACCUGCCGUACAAGCAAGACCUUGUCGGGCUGUUCGCGAACGUCAGUGGGUUGCGCCGAAGCUAUCACCCGUUUUAAUGCGCUUCCUCCACGCCGUCCGUACGACAUUGCUAGCUUUCUGUGCAUACUGGAUGUACUAUACUCUCCAUACUAUACUAGUUUUACAAAUCGGUGUGCUAUCUCUAAAUUAUUGGCUUGUUUAAAUAGGACUGAUAUAGAAUUACCACAAUCUCAACAAUGGAGAUUGGUAUCAAAAAAAGAAGAAAAAAAGAGAAGAGGUAAUGCAUGAGUAGCAGUGUAUUACAGUAUGUAGUACUGCCACUCAUUUGUUCUUUUUACAUGCUUAUUUCAGAA